AAAUGAGGUCGCACACAAGCCUUCAAGUGCGUCUGCCCGUGCUCAUUUUUGUCAUGGAAAUUGUCAUGCUAGUUCUUUACUCUUUUUUUGUCACUUACGAUGACAAUGGGAACGCCAAGCUACAAAACAACCAGACAGACCCAAUGGAAAACUCACUGUAUCGGGAUUACCCUUAUUUCGCCGACGUCCAAGUGAUGAUUUUUGUUGGGUUUGGGUGCCUGCUUGCGUUCUGCAGAUUUUAUGGGUUUAGUGGGAUGGUUUUCAACUUCCUCACUGCUGCCUUUUCAAUCCAGUGGGCCAUUUUAGUCCAAGGAUUUUUCCAGUUUUACUAUGAUGGGAAGAUUCACAUUGGCGUCAUAAAUUUGCUGAAUGCCGAGUUUGCAUGCGCAGUUGUGCUAAUUUCUUACGGAGCUGUUCUCGGAAAGACCAGUCCGGUUCAGCUUGUGGUUAUGGCUGCCCUUGAAAUCCCAGUGUUUGCAGUAACCGAAUGGGCUGUUUUGAAGUAUAUACGAAUCAACGAUGCUGGUGGUACCAUAUUAAUCCAUCUAUUUGCGUGCUACUUUGGACUUGGUGUAACUUUCGUGUUAUAUCGACCAUGUUUGAACUCUGGACACCCCAAAGAAACAACCAGCUAUCAUUCGGACAUUCUUUCAGUGAUGGGUACAUUAUUUUUGUGGGUUUUUUGGCCUUCGUUCAACUCCGCUUUGACGUUUAAAGGUGACGACCAGCAUCGAGCAGUCCUACACACUUUUAUUGGACUAAGCUCCUCAACCAUCACCGCUUUCGCACUAUCCGCCAUGUUCAACAAGCGCGGUAAACUAACAAUGGCGGACAUCCAAAACGUUACGCUCGCUGGUGGAGUGACGGUUGGUGCUUCCGUGGAUAUGAUGAUCUCUCCAGCCGCUGCGUUCGCAUUGGGAAUUAUGGGUUGUACCGCUUGCUUUUUCGGGUAUAAAUACUUAACUCCUUUCAUGGCGAAACGAUUGAGAAUUCAAGACCAGUGUGGUAUUCAUAAUCUGCAUGGAUUAACUGGGAUAAUUUCAUCAACAGCUGGAAUUUGCGCUAUUUUGCUAGCAACGGAAGAAACGUACGGACCUAGUUUGUAUCAGAUCUUCUCUCAUCGCGCCCCACCAGAAGGAGAUCCAAAACUACUCGAACUUCAGCAGCUAAUCCCGGGGCUAAAACCAGGAUUGGGUCGCACAGCUAAGGAACAAGCGCUAUUCCAGCUAGCUGCUGUGUUUGCGACCAUAGCAGCUUCUACAGUGGGAGGGUUGCUGACGGGUUUGAUGAUGAAUUUGAAGUUCAUGGCGUCACCGUCGGAUGAAGAUUGUUUUGACGAUGAGUUGUUUUUUGAUGUGCCUCCGGACUUCGACACCGGGAUUGUUCUCAAGAAGGAACCAUUUUUAGAUGAGAAGGGUCAAAGCAUCCCAAUGAACGUUACAAAAAAUCAAUAACGUUUCUUAUAGAAAGUCUUCAUUCAACAUCUUAUCAGUGAUUGGAAUAUUACCUGCCGUAUGUUCACAAGAUUUGAUGUAUAUUGUAAACGCCUUUUUGUAGCUAUGUUUGUGUGUGUAAAGUAUCUACACUUGGCAGUGCACACUACUUUAAACUUUUAACUUGAUGUCCUAAAGUUAAUAACACGUGAAUACCGGUAAAAUUACAUAUAAAAUACAAUAGCAGACAUUAUUGCUCGGAGUCAAGGACAGAACUGUGAGUUUCUGCGGCCCUGGCGUUGCAUGGGAGCUCACAAAGAUAACGCUAUGCUGACCAGAAGAGGAUCCUCCUGCACACACAUACAUGAGAGUCACUAUAAAAACUGUAAAUAUGCACAUUUCACAAGUCUCAUCCUAUCUUUUCCGUAGUCUGUCGCUUCACUGUCCACAUUACCUGUGUGAAACUCAUUAAACCCUUCUGACUUUAUGUUUCAGACUCUUGGUCCUCUCUAAGGCUUACACCAGAAAUGAAGAUUCUCACAUGUACAAAUGUUUUAUAUGAAAUGUUUUGUCUGUGGGUUGACAUUGAUACCUCUUGGCCAGGACCCCCUUGUAAACAAGAUCUCUGAGUCUCAGUGGGCCUUUUCUGGUUGAAUAAACGUUAUAUAAAUAAAAAACUUA